GAGAGCUCCGCGGGCUCCGAGCCCCCGGCCCCGGGCACCGCCCCCCGCCGCCGCCGCCGCGGGAAGAUGGCGAGCCGCAGCCUGCGCCUGCUGCUCCUGCUCUGCCUGGGGCUCCUGAGCUAUCCUGAUGUGUCUGGAAUCUCCAUUGAAACAGAUAACAAAAAUGUAAAAGCAGAGGAGUUUAAAGAGGCUAUUCUUAGUUGCAAACAUAAAUUUUCGAAAGGGAUGAGUUUAAGAAUAGAGUGGAAGAAAAUCCAAUCUCAAGGAGUCUCAUUUGUCUACUACAACAGUGAAUUUACAGGUGAUCUCCGAGGCCGAGCAGAGAUGCUGAACACAGGAAUCCGAAUUAGGAACGUAACUAGAAGGGAUUCUGGGACCUACCGCUGUGAAAUCAGUGCCAAGAGUGAAGAGGGACAACGCCUGGGAGAGGCUACUAUUACUCUCACAGUAUUGGUUGCUCCGACUACUCCAGUGUGUGAGGUACCCAGCUCCGCAAUGACAGGAACGGUCGUGCAGAUGAGUUGUAAGGAAACUGAGGGCUCCCCUCCAUCUGAGUACCAGUGGUACAAGAAUGGUGUUGCCUUGCUGGAGAAGACAGGAACAGGCAGUGCCAGAGCAGCAAACAUAACUUACACCAUGAAUAAAAAGUCUGGCACUCUGCUGUUUAAUACAGUUACAAAGAAUGACACUGGAGAGUAUUUUUGUGAAGCCUCCAAUGGGAUUGGAUUAUCUCAGAAAUGCUCAGUGAAGCGAAUGCAAGUUGAUGACCUUAAUGUAAGUGGUAUCAUUGUGGCUGUAGUAAUUGUGGCUCUGGUGAUGGUGCUGUGUGGCCUUGGAGUAUUCUAUGCCCAAAAAAAGGGCUACUUUGCAAAGGAAAGUUCUUCCCAAAAGAAGACAAACUAUCAAUCUACAAGUGAAAAGGAUUUCAAGCAUACCAAGUCCUUUGUUAUUUAGAAGAUUUCAGCCUCUGUGAGGGACAUCAAAUUACUACUUGUUAUACAAAAGUAUCAAUGUCCUGGUUUCAGCUGGGAUAAUUUUCUUCAUAGUAGCUGUGUUUUGGAUUUAAUAUCAGAAUAAAGUUGAUAACACACUGAUGUUUUAGUUGCUGCUGAGUAGUGCUUACUCCAAGUCAAGGAGCCCUCAGAUUCCCAUGGUCUUCCAGUGAGGAGGUGCAAAAGAAGCAGGGAGAGGGCACAGCUGGGACAGCUGAUCUGAGUUGUCCAAAAGGAUAUGCAGAAUCACAGAAUCAUCGAACUAGCUGAGUU